AUGGCGAAUGCGGCAUUUCGCUCUCCGUGGCUGGGCUGGCGUCUAAAUACCUGUCUUCGCACUCGCCAGACCAUAUUCUCUGGUCCCGCAUUGCGACGGGGCUUCAAAGACAACGCAGCGUCGCGGCAGACAGCCCCAGACUUUGCCUUUGCAUUCGAUAUAGAUGGCGUCCUGCUUCGAGCGUCGAAACCGCUUCCUGGGGCCGCAAAUUGCCUGGCGCUCCUGGAAGAGCAGCGCAUUCCGUUUGUCCUCCUGACCAACGGCGGAGGAAUAUCCGAGUCGGAGAGAAUACACCAGCUGAAUUGCCGUCUUGGACUCGAGCUCCAUGAGAGCCGUAUUAUACAGAGUCACACUCCUUUUACGGAAUUGGUGGACGGCAAGAAGGAGCAGGAGCCCCUGGAAGAUAAAUGCGUGCUGGUUGUUGGCGGGCCGGGGGAUAAGUGUCGCCAUGUCGCCAGAGAAUACGGCUUCAAGUCCGUGAUUACUCCAGCCGAUAUCUUCAUGGCGCACCCUUCCAUCUGGCCAUUUUCCCAGGGAUUCGCCGAUUACUACAAAAACGUCGUGCAGCCCUUCGAAAGACCGAUCAACGGCAAAUCGCCAGGAAACCUCAAAGUCGACGCCAUCCUUGUCUUCAACGACCCCCGCGACUGGGCGCUGGACAUCCAAGUCAUCGUCGACCUCCUCCUCUCCCACCAGGGCAUCAUGGGCACAUACUCCGACCAGAACAACCGCCACGACCUGCCCAACCGCGGCUACCAGCAAGACGGCCAGCCCAAAAUCUACUUCUCCAACCCCGACCUGCUGUGGGCCGCCGCCUACCAUCUGCCGCGACUGGGCCAGGGCGGGUUCGCGGCCGCGCUGGAAGGGGUGUGGGACGCGCUCACGGGCGGUGCGGCGGCCGGCGUCCGCUUGCAGAGCACCAUCAUCGGCAAGCCGCACCAGUCGACGUAUGAGUUUGCGGAGAAGCGGCUGGUGGAGCAGAGGGAGAAGGCGUUUGAGGGGGUGCCGCUGGCGCCGCUCCGGAAUGUGUAUAUGAUCGGGGAUAAUCCCGAGUCGGAUAUCCGCGGUGCAAAUUCGUUUCAGAGCGUUGCUGGGGCGGAGUGGACGUCGAUUCUGGUGAGAACUGGAGUGUAUAGUGGAGAGGAGCCGAGUUGGCCGCCGAAGACGAUAGUAGGUGGCGUACAAGAUGCCGUCCAAUGGGCGUUGAAACACUCCCAGUGGUCAGCUCUGCCGGCCUAA